AUCAUCGUCAUAUUCUUCUUCUUCUCUUCUUGUUUUUACCACUUGUUGUCUUUACCUGCUCAUGAUUUCAAUACGGCGGUCGCAGACCUUGAUUCUAACUGCCGCCAUCACUUUGAUUUUGCUGACGUUUCUUUCAUGGAACGAUUCAGAUUAUGUCCCCUAUUUGUCAACGCCCGCGGAUAGCAGCUACCAGGAAGAGGAUGCCAUAAGAGCAAUUGAUCAGCGGUAUUGCGGUGGUCCUUGUAAAUUCCUAUUGCCGGUCUUCAUUGUCGAACAAGAGUCAAAGGCCCAGAUGCAUUUCCGACAAUUGGCUUUCACAGCCGGUCUUGUAAACCGCACCAUAGUACUCCCAAACGUUGGUAACUCUCGUCUGGGAGCUUGUAACGGACAUGAAUUUGCAUUUUACUAUUCACACGAAUGGCUGGACAACAAUAGAGAGCACUUUAAUUACAUCACUCUUCAACACUUUAAGGCUUGGUUAGAGGAACGAAAAGCCGUGGGUCGAAAGCCUACGUCGCAAGAUGUUACUCUGCAAUUGGAACCUACUAGACGCCAUUUCUCUGACGAUCAGGUCAACUGCUGGCAGCCCUGGUUAAAUAUGGAAGAUCUUCCCCCUCGACACUUGGAUUUGGCUGAUAGAGAGUCGUCGUCGGGACUGGAAAUUCAGAACAAAAUUGUUUCUUUCCUACAAGGACAGCCAACUGAAGAAGAAGUGGAACAGAAUACGAGGAUUGGUACCGACCUUGAAGUGCUCAGUGUUUUCUAUGAUCGAAGAUUUCCAUUCAUCCAGAACCCCGCCGCCCAGACUGCUUUGUCUUACAGCGAACAAUUAACGGCCGUUUCUCGUGAUAUAGCUGAUAGCAUAUCUCCAUACCUUGCUAUUCACUGGAGAACUGAGCGAAUAGAACCAGCUUACAAUUUGGAAUUAUGCGCCCGCUCACUGGUGGAUAAGAUACAGGGCAUUGCCCCUACUAUACCGAACGUCUUUCUCCUGACCGAUUACCCACACUUGUUGAACUCUUCCAUUGCCCAGACCCAAAAUGGAACCUCCACCUCAUUCCGACCCUCUCAGAUUUCAGAAUCACAUCAUGCCGCUAUACGCUAUCUAUACGAGCACGCCCAUGUUAUGCUGACGACGUUUAUCAGCAAUGACGAAGUUCCAAAUGACCUUCCCGCGAACUGGACGUUGCUGCAUUUGCCACUCGUGAAGAACGCCAACGGAGAGGUUGUCAUAGGCGACAAAGGUGUACUCGGCAUCAUAGACAAGUUGAUGGCUAUGCAAGGACAUUGGUUCUUGGCCGGCCAACCCGGUGUUUGUGGACGGUCCAGCAGCUUUACCAAUCGCAUUGUGGCUGAGCGGGAGUCUCUGUUGGAUAGCGACCAGGCAUCGUUCGGUAACGUUGUUGAUUACUUCAAUUUGCCAGAUAAGCAGUGAUGGAAAAAGUCAACAUACCAUCCUUGUUUCUCAAACUCUCUCUUUUCACUGUACACUACUUCAUCAGUUUGACAUUCUUCCCAAACAUUGUUAAUUCUUUUAUAUAUAUAGAUGGGGGCGUUCAGUUCAGUUAUGUUACGAAGAUAAUUUCUUAUAGGAAAUGAUGCUAAUAUAACUUGUCAUAGCGUUCUAACAUUAAAUUGGUAUAAACUUACUACCUUUUGCUGACCUUGAAGUCCGA